AUGUCACUAAAAGAAAAUUUCGUCGAUACGGCUACUGGUGCUAGUCCUCCAUGGUCCUCUACUCGUGAUGUUGCUUGUUCUCCAAUCUAUUUUGGAUCAUCAAUUGAAUUCAUGCCGGUAGAAGAUGUUGUUCGUUCAUCAAUUAUUUUUAAUCAAGAAAAACAAAAACCACAAACUAAUGUGCUAAUCAACAAAAAUUCCAAUAAUGAACAUUCAUCAUCAUUAUCAUUGCCGUUGAGUAAUUCAUCUAGUAGCAAUACAACACCAAUAUUGUCUGCUGCUUCGUCAAUUAAGCCAGUGUCGUUAAUGUCCAUUGAGCUCAAUGAUGUAUAUGAUACAGGUUCAACAACAGGUUCUUCUUCAGUAUUAAAUAAAACCAAACAAAAUCGACCUUGGCCUGUUGAUCUUUGUUUUCGACGCGAUUGGAAACAUCAUCAACGACGAAUACAAGCUGCAUAUCACAGUCACUUUCAUUCACAUCAAGGUUAUGAUAGAAGAUCCGCAACUACGACUAGAAGUAAUUAUAGAUAA